AUGAAUUUUUUUAGUAGUGGAGAAACGUUUUCCUUUGGUCAAAUAGCAUAUUUAGUUUUUCAGUCCGUUUUACAAGUGGUUGUCAUUUCCUUGGCUGGAUUCUGGAGUGCUCAUGCCGGUCUUCUUCCUAAAUCAAGUCAAAAGAUUAUUUCUUUGUUAAAUGUCGAUCUUUUCACGCCAUGUUUAAUUUACAGUAAAAUGGCUAAGGCUUUAUCUUUAGCCAAAAUUUUAGAAAUUGGUAUUAUACCAGUAUUCUUUGCUGUGAGUACAGGUAUUUCCUAUUUUUCGGGUAAAUUGGUGUCUGCUGUGUUGGGUUUGGAUACUGAUGAAACCAAUUUUGUUAUUGGCAACUCCAUCUUCGGUAACAGUAAUUCUUUACCUGUCUCUUUAACCUUAUCUUUGGCUUAUACUUUGCCGAAUUUGGCUUGGGAUCAAAUUCCAAAUGAUACAAGAGAUAAUGUAGCUUCAAGAGGAUUACUUUAUCUUUUGAUUUUUCAACAGAUCGGGCAAAUGUUAAGGUGGUCAUGGGGAUAUAAUAAACUUUUGAAAUGGUCUGGUGAAAAUACUAUGCACAUGCCUCCAAGUCAAGUUCAACUAUUACUGGAAAAUGCUAAUGUGGGUGCUGGUGGGAGUAUUAGUAGGCAUGCUUCUAGGCCGGAUCUUUUUGAGUCAGACUCUAAUAGAUUGGUCCCAGCCCAUUUGUCAGCAAAUGAUCAAAUGUCGCAUACAAAUACUACUGCUGCUACCACCACCACAAAUAACAAUAAUAACAAUAAUGAUAAUGAUAAUAAUUACGAUAGCAGCACAGAUCCUUUGUUGGCAAAUGAUUAUAAUCAUAAUAGCAGAAAUGAAGGUGAAGAACCAACACCAUAUUUAAUUUCAAAUCAACAUACUGGUGUAUUUACAAGCACUACUGUUAACACUGAUGAUCCAAAUGAAAUAACACCAUUCAAACAUACUAUAUGGAAUAAAAUAAACAGAAUAAUAAACUUAGUUAAGAGUAAUUUGAAUCCACCACUGUAUUCAAUGCUUCUAGGUAUAUUAGUUGCAUGCUUCCCACCAGUUCAAAAGGAACUUUAUCGUGAAGAUAGUUUCUUAUUUAAUACAUUUUCAGAAGCUAUAGUACAGAUUGGUUCAGUGUCUAUUCCAUUAAUCUUGAUUGUUUUAGGCGCUAACCUUUAUCCAACCUCAGAUAAUUUUGAAAAGACUUCGAACUAUAAGAAAUUGGUCAUUGGUUCAAUUAUUGGGAGAAUGAUUUUACCUUCGUGUAUAUUGUUACCAAUUAUUGCUAUAGCUGUGAAAUAUAUUAAUGUAAGUAUCUUAGAUGAUCCAAUCUUUGUAAUUGUGGGGUUUUUGUUAACUGUCUCACCACCAGCUAUUCAAUUAACUCAAAUCACCCAAUUAAAUGAAUUCUUCGAAGCAGAAAUGAUAGAAAUCUUAUUUUGGGGAUAUGUGGUAUUAAGUUUACCGGUAAGUAUUAUUGUUGUUUCAGCUGCCAUUUAUGUUCUACAAUGGGCUAAUAUUAAUAAUAUUUCAAGUUGA